CAUUCCUGCCUCCUAUCUUCUUCAUUACAGAGCUAUUCCUAUCUGCAAUUUAAGACUCCGGAGAAAUGGUGGCCAUUGAUUUCAUAGUCGGCAUCAUAGGAAAUGUGAUAUCAGUAAUAAGUUAUGUGGCUCCAGUAGGGCAGUUUACGGAGAUUGUGAAGAAGAAAUCGGCUGAGCACUACGAUGGAUCUCCCUACGUGACAUCUCUGUUGAGUUGCUGUCUGUGGACAUUGUACGGUAUUCUUGACCCAGAUGAUGGUGUGCUAGUUGUCACUGUGAAUGCCAUAGGUGUAUUCUCGCAAGUCAUUUAUCUUGCUCUGUUACUUCUCUACUAUCCUAAAGAUAAGAAGGUGAAGUACUCAGGCUUUAUUUUAGUUGACAUACUAUUUUUCGGAGUUGUGAUUGCUGUUACGAUGGCUGCAUUCCAUGAAGAAUCAAGGCGUACCUUUGUUGGUAUAUUAUGUGCAUCAUUCACUGUAAUAAUGUAUGCAUCACCUCUGACAGUCGUGAGAACGGUAAUACAAACAAAGACAGCCGAAUACAUGCCUGUUUUCCUAAUAUUUACUCUCUGGCUAAAUGGGGUGAUUUGGAUGGUGUUUGCACUGCUACUCAGUGAUUUCUUCAUCUUAGUGCCAAAUGCAGUUGGAAUUCUGUUGGGCACCAUCCAGCUUCUCGUAUACUUCGUAUACAGAAACUCAUCACCAUCCGUGCCCGAGGACUACUCCGAAGAAAUGCAGAAAGGUGGUGUUCUCAUGCAAGCCACAGAGGAAACCGAGGAGUUCCCAAAAGGCGUUGUUAUCGCGCAAACCACAGAAGAAACAAAUGCAGCUGCAGAACAGAAAGUUGAGGCUCCCCCAACAGGAUCAAACAUGCGAAAUCCUUCACUUUCCAGAAUGUUCAGCUUCAAAAAGGCGCAGAGUGGUAUUUCUUUGUCACGCAAUGCGUCGCGCUCUGUUUCACGCUCAAGUUUGCAGAAUGGAUUUGAUCUGGAGAGUGGGAGGAGCUCACAAGAUUCUUGAUCAAAUUUUAUCAAACGCAUAAUAAGCGAAGUGCUCCAAUUCGAUGAGGCCAGCUUUGUUUCAAUACUUUACGUUUUGCCAAAUCUUUUAAUGUAUUUUUUUUUAUAAGCUCCGGUUAAUUCUAUACGGUUGAUAUAUCAAGAUAAUGGUAUGAAAUUUUAUUGGGGUUGUAUAUGGGCCUAAUCGUGUUUGAUAUCAUGCCAACUAAUGGGCUUAACAUAAUAUUAUUUCCUUUAGUCCACGGCCCAACACCAGAAAUUUGGAACUCGUUUUCAUAUUACGGGCUGCGGGUUUU